CAUCGGCGCGCGUUCAUUAGAAGCAGCAAUCUACAAAGGCGAAUAGCAGAGUACCAGCGAGACGCUUGAAGUCGCAUUGAGUGGCGUUGAGUUCAACAAUUCAAUACGUUUCGACUGUGCUGUACGGACUUACGGGCAUAAUACGCGCGACCAGUCGGUUCAGUCAGUGAUCUUUGUCGGUUCGUGUUAGACGUGUGCGCGGUAGCUCAGAAACACUCGAGCUCGCAGACGAUAAAGAAUAAAAUAAAUAUAAAUAAAACAUUCACAAGCAACUAAAAUAUUUUAGUACCCCCUACAACAACAACAAGUAGCAGCAACGAAAUCAUAUUUGUAUUUUCACUCCGACAAUACAAAUUUGAUUUUAUAUUUCGCUGCAAUAACCGUGAAAUAGAAAAGUAACAACAACAACUAACGAAAUUUGAUCGUAUUAACCAAGUCGUCGCAGUCCGUGUAGUUAGUCAAAUAAACGCGUGCAAAAAGAAACAAAAAUGUCGACAAAGAAGAAUGGUAAUGCCAUAACAACGGAAUUCCAAUUCCCUCAGCCGAAGGAGAAGCAGACCUGCAUGGAAUUAAUCUACAAUGGCAAGGAAGGCACCUACUUUGGACGUACACCCAAAAGUUGGGGUCAGCUGAUGCUGUUCUACACUAUUUUCUACAUCGUACUCGCCGGUUUAUUUGCGAUCUGCAUGCAGGGUCUAUUCGCCUCUCUGAGUGACAAAGAACCGACUUGGAAAUUGGAAAGCUCAUUGAUUGGCACAAAUCCCGGCUUAGGCUUUCGUCCACUGAGCGAGGAAACCGAACGCGGCUCGGUGAUACAAUUCGAUACAAAGAAGCCAGUCGAAGGCGCCUAUUGGACGGAUUUGGUGGAUCAGUUUCUUGAAAAAUACCGCAGCACUGGUGAGAAGAAAUACUGUAAUUUCAAUCAGACAAAUGGUGUUAAUAAGGUCUGUGUUGUCAAUGUCGACAACUUUGGACCAUGCUCUAAGGAAACCGGUUACGGUUAUCAAAAUGGACGUCCUUGCAUUUUCUUGAAAUUGAACAAAAUUUUCAACUGGAUGCCGGAUUUCUAUGAAAAUGUAAAAACACUGCCCAGUGAAAUGCCUUCUGAUCUCAAAGAACACAUUGGCAAUUUAACUGAAAUUGAGCGCAAACAAAUUUGGGUAUCAUGCAAAGGUCUGCACCCCAUCGAUGAGGAAAGUGUUGGCGAAAUGAACUACUAUCCCAGCCGUGGUUUCCCCACCUUCUACUAUCCAUACCUCAACCAACCUGGCUACCUUAGUCCACUGAUUGCUGUACAAUUUGAAAAACUGAAACAAAAUCAACUGGUGAAUAUCGAGUGCCGCGCAUGGGCCAAGAAUAUCAUUUAUAGCGGUAGCUUAAAUGCACGAACCGGUUCGGUUACUUUCCAGCUGUUCGUCGAUUAAAUGCUGCGAAGCUGGAUAUACAAUAGCAACAGCAACAAUAAGAAGCUACAAAAACUAUAUUUGUAAAAAAAAAACACAACAGCGACUUCAAAAAUAUAUACAAACACUUGUGGGGAGAGGAAAGGAGAGAAGAAAGAUGCAAAUUUGAAGGAAUAGAUGAGCGGAUAGAAAUUAAUAGUUGAAAACAGUAUGAAAUGCAGUGAAACGCUUAAAUAAUGCUUAUCUUUCUAACUCAUCAAACAAAUGUUUCUUAGAAACUCAGAGCAAGCGAAGAAAAUAUUUUUUAAAAGAGAGUCGCCAGAGUUGUUGCAGCGAGUAUAAAGUAAUUAUUGAAGCGUUCAAAACCGUUAUAUAGCAAAUAUAUUUUUAAACGAAAAAGUUUGCGCAGAAAAAGAAAUGUGGUAAACGAAUGUUACGUAUUUUUUUUGUAAUUUUAAGUUAUUCAACCGAGUUAAAAAUAAAAUGUGUAUAUCUAAGCAAAAUUAGAAA